CAAUGACUGGAAGUGGUAGAAAUUCUCCAGUGGUGUCUCCAGCUUUGGGCCCAAUAAAGAAUAUAUCACCAGUAUCAACACCAAUUUGUAGUCGUAGUGCACCUAGUAGUGCACCCAAUACACCAAGAAGUUUAACCCCUGAUGAUGGAUAUCGUUCGGAAAGUAUCAGUCGACAUAACAGUGAAGAUUUUGAUAGUCAGGCAGGAAUGAAAGCAACAGUUGAAGCUAUAGAAGAAAUCAUCAUCAAAUGUAGUAAUAUUUUAAAGGCUCGAGAAGUAGAAGAUGUGAAAAGAAAGGUGGAGAUAAUGAAACAACAAUGGAGUGAAGAAAAGUUGUCAGUGCCUGUUCAAAUAACUAUGAAAAUGUUGACUGAAGCACUGUUGUGUGGUGAUACUGAUACUUCACAUAAGCUUCAUGUCAAACUUAUGGUAGAUUAUGUUGGCGAGGUUAAACAAUGGAUGGUUGCAAUCAAAAGAUUAAUUUCAGCUGUGGGAAAUAUUAAUACCACAAUUUCAUAGUGAAUAAGAUAGGUUAUAUCCCAACUACAGGGUGUGUAUAUACUAUAUAUCAUCCUGGGAUUAUUAUUAAUUAUAUAUAGUAAUAUUUAUUACCUAUAGAUUCAAUUAUAUAAUUAUUGAAAGGCUAAGGAGUAAGGUGGAAAUAUUUUAACAAAUUAGUAACAUCCCCUAUAUCAAUCGAGGUAAGCUAUAAUUAGAAAUAGGUGGAUGAAUAUAUUCUGAUGCGAAAUGUAAUAAUGAAAUUUGAAUAUCUAUUGACGAUAGAUAUUCUUCAAAUUCAAAAUCUAGGAAUACUUGGUGCCAGAUGUAGAGAACCUUGAACUAAACUGCCUAUUUGUGCAGUUACAUGACUAGAUAAAAUUAUGACUGACAAUUUAAACUAAGUACCCGGUAUUUUUUUGGUACAUAUAUAACUGCUUUUGCAGUUUGCACCCGUAAAAAAUGACGAAAAACAACGGUUUGAAAUUGCAUUUUAUAAUGACUAGACGUAUGUGUGUUCAAGACGCGAUAGAGAAAUUCUUUUUAUACGUAAAUGUUUAGUCUAAUUUUUACUGAAAUUUAAUUUUGUAUUGGCAUGCUUCCAAAGAAAGUACUCGGUAAGCUUUUUGGCGAUAGAAGAGGUUUCAUAAUGAUAUCUGACUUGUUUUAAACGUUGUGCUAAACAAUCACUAAACUUACAAUGUUAAUGAAAAGCACGAUGUUUAAAAGAGGCUUUGCUUUAGUGGGUGCUAAUAAAUGCUUCACAUCGUCGGUGACGUACCACUGAUGGCGAUGAACUUGUGGCAAAUCAGACUAUAUACUACCAACUACCACUUGCAACCCUUGUAAAAAAAUCAGUUCUCUGGAGGAGACCGAGGAGUAUUUAGCUUCUAUGACUAUUCUACAUUACGUGUAUAUUCUGUGUGGAUUUUAGUAUUUUUAAACGACGCUUACAUUUUGCAUUAUGAAAACUUAGGUGGUGGCAACAAUAGGCCUGUAUAGUAUUACUGCAACUUCUUUUAUAUAUACAUAUAUAGUUAUUAAUAAAUAUAUAAUUAUACUAUAUAUUAUAGAAC